UGCGCUGAGCGCAUCAGUCUUUCCACGGCGCUUGGUGCUGUCACACUUUGUCCGCCAUGUCACUGCUCGGCGUGCUACUGCUCGGUGUGGUGUUGCUCUUAUCGCUCGCGUAUCUGUUUCUGCGCAGCAAGCACAACUACUGGCGCAGCCGAGGCUUUCCCUGCAAGCCCAGCCCGAGCCUGCUGUACGGGCAGAUGCAGGGCAACGGAACCACCCGGCAUGCGGCGUACGUGACGCAGGAAAUCUACCGCUACGCCCAGGACCGCGGAGAACGCUACAUGGGCUACAGCUUUUUCUUCAUGCCGAUAGUGAUGGUGUGCGAUAUCGAGCUGGUAAAGACGGUGCUGGUGAAGGAUUUCGCCGUGUUUCACGAUCGCGGCAUGUACAGCAACCCGCGGGCGGACCCACUGUCCGGCAAUCUGUUCGCGCUGGAAGGACACGAGUGGCGUGCGCUGCGGCAGAAGCUUACGCCGACGUUCACGUCCGGCCGGAUGAAGCAAAUGUUCGGCACCAUGCUGCAGGUGGCGACGGAACUGCACCGCCAUCUGCUCGAGCAGGUCGACCGGGAGCUGGAGAUGAAGGCGGUGCUGGCCCGCUUCACCACCGACGUGAUCGGGACGUGCGCGUUUGGCAUCGAGUGCAAUACGCUGCGGAAUCCGGACUCGGACUUUCUCAAGUACGGGCGGCGGGUGUUCGAGCAUCGCAUGCUGGCGAUGGUGAAGAUGACCUUUGCGAUGCUGUUCCGGGCGCAGGCCGUGAAGCUGGGCGUCAAGGUGACGGACGAUGAUUUGGAAGCGUUCUUCAUGAACCUCGUCCACGACACGGUGGAGCACCGGGAGCGGAACGGUGUGCAGCGGAACGAUUUCCUGAACCUGCUGCUGCAGAUCAAGAACAAGGGCUGCCUGGAGGAGCAGGAACAGGAUGGGUUGGCGUUGGCGGACCGCACCGGAAUGACGAUGAACGAGCUGGCCGCGCAGGUGUUUAUCUUUUUCGUCGCCGGCUUCGAAACGUCCUCGACCGUGAUGAACUUCUGUCUGUACGAGCUGGCGAAGAAUCCGCACAUCCAGGAGCGGCUGCGGGACGAGCUGAACCGUUCGAUCGAUGCGAAUGGGGGCGAGCUGACGUACGACAUGGUGAUGGGACACGAGUAUCUCGGACAGGUGGUGAACGAAACGCUGCGCAAGUAUCCGCCGCUCGAAACGACGCUGCGCGUUGCGGGACAGGAUUACACCAUACCAGGCACCCGGCACGUCAUACCGCGCCAUGUCGGAGUGCAGAUCCCGGUGUACGCCAUACAUCACGACCCGGCCCACUAUCCCGAGCCGGAGUGUUUCGAUCCGGACCGCUUCUCGGCGGAAGCGUGCCGAACCCGGACACCGUACACGUUUCUGCCGUUCGGCGAGGGGCCCCGAGUGUGCAUCGGUAUGCGGUUCGGCAUGAUGCAGGUGAAGGUGGGUCUGGUGAGCAUGGUGCGUGCGUUCCGCUUCCUCCCAACGGCACAAACACCGGACCGCAUCGUGUUCGAUCCGAAAUCGUUCAUACUCUCACCUGCGGGGGGUAAUUAUUUGCGCAUCGAGCAGGUGUGAAGCGCAGCCGGGGGUGCUUUUUUUGGGGAUGAUAAUAAAGAAUGAGUUUGAUGCUUCGGUUGGAGGAAGUGAAUUGUAA